GAAGAUUGGUAUUAAUAUACAAACUCCUUUUCAUCACUGCCUUCUUCCUUCCUUCCUUCCUUCCUUUUGUGUUGUGGUGUGGGUGGGGGGAUGAAUCGAAUGUGAUGGGAGGAGGGUUUUCGUCUCUACUUCCCUGUGUUAACCCGGCGCUGAACCGGCGGGAGGUUGAGUUCACCCCCCUCGACGAAACUCUCGGCCACUCCUUCUGCUACGUCAGGUCCUCUGCUCGCUCUCUGUCUCCUCCCCACUCCGAUCGCUUUCUUUCUCCUUCUCACUCCCUCCGCUUCGACCACCCUCCUCCUCCUCCUCCUGCUGCUCUGCACAGGCAUCCCGACACCGCCUUCCGGGCAAUUUCCGGCGCCUCCGUCAGUGCCAACACCUCCACUCCCACUACCCUCCACACUUUCUCUCACGAUGCCGCUGCUGACGGGAGUACUUCCGCUGGUACGGGAUCCAGGGGCACUCUCGUCGAUGGCUUUCAGAGCACCUCGUCCUUUUGCGCCUUGCCCCUUCAGCCUAUUCCCCGAGCCGGGAGUGGACGGGAACCGCCGCCUGGCCCCAUCGACAGAGCAUUCUUCAUGUCCGGCCCCAUCGAGCGAGGAGCUCUAUCCGGACCGCUGGAUUCCCUAUCCAACACUGUUCCCUUCUCCGCCCCCCUCAGCGCUCCUUAUGUGAACCACAAGAAGGGGAGAAGGAGGAGGAGCGCGAUUUCCCGGAUUCCAAAGGCCUUGUACCGAAACUUCCCUGAUAAGAAGCGGACUUGGCUCCUGCCCGUGAAGCAUUCCCAACCUCCCCCAAACCGCGCUCAUGAGCAGGAGAUGCUCUGCCAUAGCAAUGUUCAGUGGGCUUUAGGGAAAGCGGGUGAAGAUAGAGUACAUGUGGUUGUAUCUGAAGAGCAUGGGUGGCUAUUUGUGGGAAUCUAUGAUGGGUUCAAUGGUCCGGAUGCCCCUGAGUUCCUAAUGAGCAACCUGUACAAAGCAAUGUUCAAAAAUUUAGAGGGUUUGUUUUGGGACAACCUAGAGACUGCAGAGAAUCCAUUGCCAGAAACUAGUACAGUUGGUGAUAAAGGAUCCACCAAAAGGGUGACGUUCCAUUCCAAGGAGAUUGUGGUUAGAAGGAGAAGACUAUGGGAAUAUUUAGCAGAGGAUCAUCCUGAAGAAGGACUUGAUCUCUCAGGAUCAGAUAGAUUCGCAUUUUCAGUUGAGGACGCCAUUAGUCUAAGCAAUGCUGCAGGCUCGUCAGUGAAAAGAUCAAAACUGAAACACGGAUUGUCUAUCAAGCACAUGGAUGGCAAGAAAUUAUUUCCAUGGAGAUCUGUCGGGGUAAAAGGGAAGGAGAACAGUGGAAAGGCUGCUGAGGUGGGAAGAGGUGUUGGAAAUGGGAGGAGACGGAAAGUGGGACCCGUAGACCACGAGUUAGUGUUGGGAGCAAUGUCGGAGGCUCUUGAGAUGACAGAGAACGCGUACUUGGAUAUGACCGAUAAGCUUCUCGACCAGUAUCCGGAGCUUGCGUUGAUGGGCUCUUGUCUGUUGGUGGUUUUGAUGAGGGAUGAAGAUGUGUAUGUGAUGAAUGUGGGAGAUAGUCGGGCCAUUGUGGCAAAGUAUGAGCCGCCGCCUCCUCCUCAUCAACAGGCCGUGGCUUCUUCUAGCUCAAACUCAUGGGUCCCACGGGGUAAUGAAGAUGCUUGGUUGGCAGGGGAAGCCGUGGCUGAAGAAGAAGAUGUGUCCAAAGGGGGGAGCAUUGAAGACAUGAUGAGGUUGACCACAUUGCAGUUGUCCACUGACCAUAGCACCGGCAUUGAAGAAGAGGUUAUCAGAAUCAAGAAUGAACAUCCUGAUGACAACAACUGUAUUGUAAAUGAUAGAGUUAAAGGCCGCCUAAAGGUCACCCGCGCGUUUGGAGCGGGCUCCCUGAAACAGCGUAAGUUGAAUGACGCAUUAUUGGAAAUGUUUCGAAAUGAGUAUAUCGGGAAUGAACCUUAUAUAUCUUGUACUCCUUCUUUACGUCACCAUAGAAUCUGUCCUGGAGAUCAAUUAUUGGUUCUUUCCUCGGAUGGCUUAUACCAAUACUUGACCAAUGAGGAAGUUGUUUCCCAUGUUGUAACUUUUCUGGAGAGAUAUCCUGAUGGAGAUCCUGCACAACACCUCAUUGAGGAGCUUUUAUUCCGAGCAGCUAAGAAAGCUGGACUGGAAUUACAUGAGUUGCUUGACAUCCCAACAGGAGACAGAAGGAAGUACCAUGAUGAUGUCACUGUUAUGGUAAUCUCACUUGAAGGAAGAAUAUGGAAAUCAUCAGGAAAAUACCUUUGAUUCAUUCAUUCAUUCAACCACAAAAAAUCUCUGCAGCUUGGAAAAUUGAAGUAUCAUGCCCUCUGCAUUCUGGACAAAUUCUAAUGAUCUAAUAUAUCUAGGUUCAUGUUUCAACAUCGAUGACUAAGAUUCCUACACUUCGAGCAAGGGAUCUUUUAAGGAAAGGAAUCCUGCUGAUUGUAUAAAUUUUGUAGAAGACACCUGACUCUACGUUCCUCUAUUCUUAGAUUUCUCAAUAGGCAUAGAAUUUUUAUUGUUAUUUAUUCAUUUUGUAUUUUGUUCUUUUCAUCUUACUUUAGAGCUUAGACAAGUGUUUGUAAUCAGAUUGGGUAUGUGGCUUACUUACAGUAUACUCUAUUUUGGAGGUGAGUUUCCAUCCAACUUUACAGGAGAAUACUAUUCAAACCUCCAUGUGUAAAUAUUCUUGUUACAAUCGGAUGGGAGAUGAGAAAGAA